AUGUCUACUACAUGUGACGGUGAUACAUCUAUGGAGGAUCAUACAACAAGCGUAAUCGCACACAACGCCUGCUUCCAAGCAUUCAAAGAUAACAUCGGACCAGGAGGCCAAGGACAGUGUUCUAGCAUGAGCCACUGCACCACUGACGGAACAACCUUCCACAUCUGCUGCCCCAAAGAGUCAUCAGUCCAAAAGCUUGAAGAUGGGACCACCAAAGCGCUCAACAAACUCUACGUCGGCGAAGGAAGCUGCGAUUCCAGCCAGAGCGCCAAUUUCUCGGACUUUGGUUUUGUCUACGCAGACAUGUAG